AUGGCUAUUCUAUCUCGUUGGCAGCUUGUCACCUGGGCAUGUGCUCUGUCUUGCAGCACGGUCGCUACGGCUGCCUAUGACGAUCUACCCGACUUCGAUGAUCUAUCGACUGGCAUCACGGAAUUCCAUCAAGUAUUUCCUCGCAACGAGACGUACGCACCUUCACCCCUGUUUCCGGUUGUCUUCGCAUUCCAGAACCCGACCAUCGCCCAGUCAUUGACACCGUCACUUUCGGCCACCUUGUUCAAAUGGAAUCAGAGCACUAGUGACUGGGAUGUGAAUGAUACGACCAAUUUUGACUUCGGAGAAAUGGCCAACGCCUCUGAUAGCGAGCCUUUCUUUGUUCAUGAUGUCUUUUGUGGAAACUUCGAUAUAAAGGCGUAUUGGAGUCUCGCCUGGAGUCUCACGUGGAUUAACUGCACCGAAGGGGAGGGCCGACGAAUACACCCUUAUUCUGGAAGUUUCCGCAACUAUAUACGUUUUACGACCGAGGAAGGUGGCCGAGAGCCUGAUUUAGUUGCUUCUUCAGAUGAUUCCCAAUGCUCCGACUUCCCGAGCGUUACUUUGAAUAUCACCGAAAUUGGCGAACCGUACCCUCAAGGCUACCCAGGCCAGUGGUGUGCCUACUUCUCGUCAGUUAAGCCAGACCCGAAGCCCUGCGAGGUGCAGGUCAGCUCGGAACGUGAGGAGAGUAUCUUUGCUUCCGCCACCAAUGCCUUCUGUCGGGCACUGGAGGACGUGGAUCGCCCAUCCGACGAAGACGACGAAGAGGGUCAUGGCGAGACCAUGCGUGGAAGCCUGGCCGCCACUGUCGCGGCUUGCUUUGUAUCUCUCGUUGGGAUGAGCCUCCUCAUAGUUUAG